UGUAGCCUUGACCCCACCUGCCCUGGCCACGUUCCCUGGCUACUCCGCUCCUGCUGCCCUUUACGCCAGCUCAGGAGGAGCCAUGGGGCAGUGGGCCUGGGUUCCUAGCCCCUGUCCCUUACCCAGGCCAUGUCCCUUCCUGCUGCUCCUGCUGCUGCUGGUGGUGCCUCGGGGGGCCCAGCCCCAGGCUGGCAGGAACCACACAGAGUCCCCAGGACCUAAUGUCACAGCCACCCCUGUGACUCCCAUGAUCCCUGUGACCUCUGGGACUGUCAAUACCUCAGUAGCAAGUGCUCCAGAGACAGAGACUGAGGGACCCCGAGGUGGGAGGCUCCUCCCUCCUUCCAGCAGCCCCCCUGGGGACCAAGUGCUCACCGAGUCCGGGCAGCCAUGCAGGUUUCCUUUUCGUUAUGGGGGCCGAAUGCUGUACUCCUGUACCUCAGAGGGAAGUGCCUACCGAAAGUGGUGUGCUACUACACACAACUAUGACCGGGACCGAGCCUGGGGCUACUGUGCAGAGGCCACCCUGCCUGUGGAAGGCCCAGCUGUCCUUGAUCCUUGUGCCUCUGGGCCCUGCCUCAAUGGGGGCACAUGUUCCAGUACCCAUGACCAUGUGUCCUACCACUGUGCAUGCACUCCGGCCUUCACCGGCAAGGACUGUGGCACAGAGAAAUGCUUUGAUGAAACGCGCUAUGAGUAUUUUGAAGUGGGCGACCACUGGGCCCGUGUGAGCAGGGCACAGGUGGAGCAGUGCAGCUGUAUCGAGGGCCAGACCCGGUGUGAAGGCACCCACCACACAGCUUGCCUGAGCAGUCCAUGUCUGAACGGAGGCACCUGCCACCUGAUUGUGGGCACAGGGACCAGCAUCUGCGCCUGCCCACUGGGCUAUGCUGGGCGGUUCUGCAACAUUGUUCCUGCCGAGCUCUGCAUCCUGGGAAAUGGUACAGAGUACCGUGGUGUGGCCAGCACUACUGCCUCAGGCCUGAGCUGCCUGGCCUGGAACUCUGACCUGCUCUACCAGGAGCUGGAUGUGGAUUCAGUGGGUGCUGCUGCCCUGCUCGGCCUGGGUCCUCAUGCUUACUGUCGGAACCCAGACAAAGACGAGAGGCCUUGGUGCUAUGUGGUGAAGGACAAUGCGCUGUCGUGGGAGUAUUGCCAACUGGCAGCCUGUGAAUCCCUGGUCAGAGUCCAGUCCCAACCCCAAGAGGUCCUGGUGGCCCUGGCUGAGUCAGCCCCAACUGCCCGUCCGACCUGUGGCAAGAGGCACAAGAAGAGGACCUUCUUGAGACCACGCAUCAUCGGUGGCUCAUCAUCUUUGCCUGGCUCACACCCCUGGCUGGCCGCCAUCUACAUUGGGAACAGCUUCUGUGCUGGGAGCCUUGUCCACACCUGCUGGGUAGUGUCUGCCGCCCACUGCUUCUCCAACAGUCCCCCCAGGGACAGCAUCACAGUGGUGCUGGGUCAGCACUUCUUCAACCGCACAACGGAUGUGACACAGACAUUUGGCAUUGAGAAGUAUGUGCCCUACUCCCUGUAUUCGGUGUUCAACCCCAGCGACCAUGACCUUGUCUUGAUUCGGCUGAAGAAGAAGGGGGACCGCUGUGCCGUCCGCUCCCAGUUUGUUCAGCCCAUCUGCCUGCCUGAGGCGGGCAGCUCCUUCCCUACCGGACACAAGUGUCAGAUUGCAGGCUGGGGCCACAUGGACGAGAAUGUGAGUGACUAUUCCAGCUCCCUGCGCGAGGCACUGGUGCCCCUUGUGGCGGACCACAAGUGUAGCAGCCCUGAGGUGUAUGGUGCCGACAUCAGCCCCAACAUGCUCUGUGCUGGCUACUUCGAUUGCAAGUCUGAUGCCUGCCAGGGGGACUCAGGUGGGCCCUUGGCCUGUGAGAAGAACGGUGUGGCUUACCUGUAUGGCAUCAUCAGCUGGGGUGACGGCUGUGGGCGACUCAACAAGCCAGGAGUCUACACUCGUGUGUCCAAUUAUGUGGACUGGAUCAAUGAUCGCAUUCGACCACCCAGGCGACCAGCAGCUGCCUCCUGAGACCCCUGGCAGCGGGAUUGUCCACGAUUCCCUAUCUACUACAACAAUAAAAAUGUUUCCAAGGACCUGGCUUCACAGUGGCACUGCCUCCAGCUGGGCAGCUCUUUGUGUC